UAAUACGUACGAUUUAUUGUGGACACAUGGUAAACAUGCAAAUUAUAUUUGCUUUUCACCUUAAUCAAAAAUAUAUCUAUAUAUGUCUGUGCAGCAUACAUUAUUAUGGUUUUCUAUAUUAUGAUAAUAAAGUGUGAUUUUUUUCACACCUAUAAAGAAUGUGUCUUCUUUUUUUUUUCAUUUUUAAAAGCACACUUAGCAACAUGUUUCAGUUAAUUAAUGCAUUUCAUACUGUUUUAGAUAAAUAAAUUAAUCAUUACAGAGAGAAUAAAGGUUUUCUCAACCACCCUUGUGGUCCCAUGGGCUCACAAGUUCCUGGCAGCGCCACAGUCGGCCCGUUUCUCAUUAUAGAUUAAGCAAGUUUGGACUCUUGUACUUUGUCAGAACAAACUUGGUAAGUUCGGCUCACGAGUGCAUACUCCAGAGAACAGGACUUUUAUUUUGUAAUUGGAACUGCUGUGAUCAGUAGAGUAGUAGGUGCAUCCUUAGAUGCAUUUCCACAAACAUACCCUACACCCGCCUCACAGGGCAGACAAACCGCCUUUGUUUGGUCCAUCGCUCACCAGCCUUGCUGUAGUUCACAGGGAACCCACAAUAUUCCCACACUUAAUCAGAGUUUCUGUAAUCAGGAUUAAAACUAGUUUUAUAUACUCUGUAACAGCAUGAGAAACACAAAAAAGUUGUUUGUAUGUGUAGUUAAAAGAAACUGUGACUUAUCUUCAUGGUGGAUGUUAUGUGUUUGGAUCUGCUGUCUGCAGGUGCAGCUUUAAUGCUGUAUUUUGUGUGUUUACUCUCUCUGAAGUUUGUCUCCAGAAGGUAGCUGACUUUGUACCUUCCUUUGCCCAUAGACACACACACAGACACAGACACAAGGAGGUGGAGCUGUGUUAAUUAGUGCUGACGCUUUUUAAAAAUAUGGCGAAAUGAAAAAAAAGCUUCUUCUGAUUUGUCACUGAAAAUGUUUGAUAAUUUCCUCUCCUCUUUCUAAUAAGGUCAUAGUGAGUGUGAUUGGCGGCUGUGGGGAAUCUCUCUCUCUCUCUCUCUCUCUCUCUCUGUCUCUCUGUCUCUCAGGUUCUUGAGUCUUAUCUGGCUGAGUAGAGGUAAAGCUUGUUCUGCUGCUGAGUUGAGCAUAUAUAUAUAUAUAAUAUAUACAGCAUAUUUAAACUAACUUUGUGGACUGUAUGUAUACUGGCCUCUUUUUCUGUUAGGAUGUUGUUGGAAAGGCAGUGAAUGGUAUAAAUUCCUUUAUCCUCGAAGAACUUAACUACUUUCUCCACAUCGGGCCGGGGAUUGUCAUGCACCGUGAGAAACCACGGACUCACUGCGCCAGCGUAGGGUCUUACAAUGGGUUCAAGGAUUUCAUCUCAAUACCUAAGAGCAGGCAGGACAGUGUGAGGUUGGUGGAUGGUGGGAGCCGCUGUGCUGGGAGAGUGGAAGUUCUUCAUAGAGGACAUUGGGGAACAGUUUGUGAUGAUUACUGGGAUAUGAGAGAUGCUGCAGUGGUGUGUAGAGAGCUGGGCUGUGGGGAAGCCAUAGAUGCACCACGGAGAGCUCGCUUUGGAUCAGGAUCAGGACCGAUCUGGGUGGAAUAUGCUAACUGUGCUGGAUCAGAGUCUUCACUGAAGAACUGUAGGUCGUAUGAUUGGGGUAGACAGAGAUGUAAUCAUGAUGAAGACGCUGGUGCUGUUUGUGCAGAAGUCAGACUGGUGGGCAGAUCUCACUGCUCUGGGAGAGUGGAGGUUCUUCAUGGAGAGAGCUGGGUCACAGUGUGUGAUGCUGACUUUGACCAGCAGGGUGCAGAGGUUGUGUGUCGAGAGCUGGGCUGUGGUUCUCCUGUGGAGGUUCUGGGAGCAGCUGCUUUUGGUAGAGGGGAGGGUCAGACAGUGUGAGGUUGGUGGAUGGUGGCCAUCGCUGUGCUGGGAGAGUGGAGGUUUUUUAUAACAGAACAUGGAGAUCAGUGUGUGG